CUCACUAAAGAAAGAAAGAAAGAGCGCGCGUGUGAUGUGUUUGUGUAUCCUCAGUGUUUUUCUCUCUUGCGUGUUUCAUUGAGUGUAAACAGAGUCUUGUCUCUGUGUAUUUUAGUGUUUAGACGAUGCAGGACACUACAGUGUGUGACAGUAAACAGAGCUUACAGGAGGAUCAAACCUCCACAGAGUCUCUGGAUUCUGUCUGUAACGCUGGAGAACAUCAGCAGAUCCUGCAGACCAAACUGAAGAUGUGUUCAGUUAAACUCAUCGACUGCACAAACCUCAUGAUGAAGAUUAAAACUGAACCCACAGAAAUCAAAACUGAACCCACAGAAAUCAAAACUGAACCCACAGAAAUCAAAACUAAACCCACAGAAAUCAAAACUGAACCCACAGAAGAGGAAGAUCGCACGGAGGAAGAUGAUGACUUUAUUUCAUCAGGUGUGAAGAGUGAUUCAUGUCUGGAUAUAGAAAUAACGUCCUCAACAUCAAAAGAGCGACUGACAGCACAAACUCUUUCCGGCAUCACCUGUGAAAAGACAUUCAGCUCACAGAGACAUUUAGAGAGACAUGAGAGAAAACACACAGAACAGAAACUCUUCACCAGAUCUGAGAUCAGCUUUACUACCUUACAAGAGAAGAAACUUUAUUCAAAAGACCAACAGAGAGAAGAAGCAGAAGAAGAAGAAGAAGAAGAAGCAGUUUCACUGUGAACUGUGUGGGAAGAGUUUUGUCUCUUCCUCUGAUCUAAAUGAUCACAUGAGGACACACAGUGAUGAAAAGCCUUUCAACUGCACUGAAUGUGGAAAAUACUUCACAACCAAACAAUAUCUUAAAGUUCAUCAUAGAGUUCACACAGGAGAAAAACCUUACAAGUGUCCUCACUUUGAGAAGAGAUUUAGCUGUAAAUAUAAUCUGAAGAGACAUGUGCAUUCACACACCAAUGAGAGACCGUAUCAGUGCAGUGAAUGUGACAAAACCUUUAGGGAUUCAGGUUCAUUAAAAUCACACCAGAUUACUCACAUUAAAGAGAAACUCUAUCAGUGUUCACACUGUGAUAAACGUUACGGUCAUAAAUGUCAACUGAUAAUCCAUCAGAGACGUCAUACUGGAGAGAAACCUUACGUCUGCGCUCAAUGUGGAAAGAGCUUCACUAGUUCAUCUAAAUUCAGAGUCCAUCAGAGAGUUCACACUGGAGAGAAACCUUACGUCUGCACUCAAUGUGGAAAGAGCUUUACUAAUUCAACUCAUUUAAGAGUUCAUGAGAGAGUUCAUACUGGAGAGAAACCUCAUCACUGUAGUGUCUGUGGGAAGAGUUUUAGUGUAAAGCAUACAUUAUUAAAGCACAAGAGAAUUCAUACAGGUGAAAAACCUUAUAAAUGCUCUCAGUGUGGCAAGACGUUUACUUGUUCAAGUAGCUUAAAAACCCAUGAAAGAGUUCAUACUGGAGAGAAACCUUAUCACUGUAGUGUCUGUGGGAAGAGUUUUAGUCAAGGGUCUACAUUACUAUAUCACAAGAGAAUUCAUACAGGUGAAAAACCUUUUAAAUGCUCUCAGUGUGACAAGACUUUUUCUCAGUCAGGUCACUUAAAAUCUCAUCAGAGAGUUCAUACUGGAGAAAAACCUUAACACUGUAAUGUUUGUGGGAAGAGUUUAUUAACAGUCAAACUUUGUAACGCACCAGUGAUAUAAUACGGUUAUGACACCAAAAACUUUUAACGUAUAAAGUUUUAAAUAUUGUUAAAAAACCCCGUUAAUAGUAAGAACAAAUAAUCAAGUUAUGAUCAUUAUUGCAGAAAAAUACUUUCUCUUUCUAUUUACUCACUCUCAUGUUGUUACAAACCUGUAUAAAUGUAUUUGUUCUGGUGAACACAAAGUAAGAUAUUUUGAGGAAUGUUUCGAAAUUAAAACAUUUAUGAGCUCCAUUCACUUUCAUAGUUUUUUUAAUAGGGCUCACGAUCAGUUUGAUUAGAAACCGAUCCUCAAAAUAUCUUCCUUUGAACUAAUUGAACGUCUGACCGAACAUCUUAAACUAUCAGCGUCUGCGGCCCACAUGAUGACCUGACAUGAUGUCAGUGCCUUAAAAUUUGCAUUUUAGGUGCCAAGCUGUUAAAAAGUGUAUGUGUCCGGGAGCUAACAAACUGUUCAUAACUACAAUAGUGUUAAUUAAAUAUGAAAAACAACAUGAAUUAACACAUUUAUCAUUUUUAUGAUUUCCUGACUUCUGCUAUAGGCCUUUUCUCUGGGCUGGUAAAUGACAGUUUACAUAAUUAUUCAGUAUUUUGUCAUUCUUUUUAUUCUUUCUAGGAAAGUUAAAGGACCUGUUAUUGCAUUGAUAUCAUCUUGUCCAGAUGCACAGUAUGAUGUGGUAGCACAAUGGAAAUGAAUUGCAAGAGUUUGUAGAGAGGAGUAAAGACUGCUGCUGAGAGGAACACCACUAUUUGAGUUUAGGUUGCGUACUUGACAAGUUUGUCACACUUUCACUGCACGGAUACCAUAUAUUGUAUAACAGGUUUCUUUUUACUUUAUUAUUAUGACAAUCACAGUUGAAUGUGAUGUGGUAAUAAAAAAGGAAGAAUGCCAUUGUACAGGUAUCUUUACAGAUGAAAAUAAGGCUUUAUACUUCAACUGCACGUUUCAUUUUCAUAUUCAAGAGAGAAUAGUUUAUCAGAAAAUGAAAAUUAACCAUGGUUUUACUACAACAACAAAAAACAUGGUUACUGUAGUAAUACUUUAAAAAUCAUAGUUAAACCUUGACUAGUGUAGUAAAAUCAUGGUUUUGCUGAUAGUAAUCACUACACAAAAAACAUGGUUACUACACUUUUACCAUAAUAAAACCCUUGUUAAUAAAGGGAGGUACCAUAAUUUGUUUUAGUAAUUGUUCACUAAAUUCCGUUGCAGUUCAAUCGUCUCCUGUAGGCAGUGUUUGAAUCAACAGUGAAUAUCUACAUAUAUUUUAAUAUUUUGUGCAGAUCAUUACACUGUUUAUCUUAUAUCGUGUACACUCUCACACGCUGUACAACCUACUGACACACCAGAAACAACAGAGCCGUAAAUCUGCCUCCAGAUCUGCAGCCUCCUCAUACUCACUUGUAAUGCAGUGAGCGUCUUCUGUCUCCAGUACAGCAGGAGGCGCUGCAGCUCUUUAGUCCGCAAAUAAACUCACUAAAGAAAGAAAGAAAGAAAGAGCGCGUGUGAUGUGUUUGUGUAUCCUCAGUGUUUUUCUCUCUUGCGUGUUUCAUUGAGUGUAAACAGAGUCUUGUUUCUGUGCAUUUAAGUGUUAAGACGUUGAUGAUGAGUGGGUUGUAAAUCAGUAUGAACUGAUCUGUCCAUGCUGGAUAUAUUGAUGAUUUCAUCACAGAAAUCUCAGCUGAAGAAAGAGGUGGCGUUCCUGGAGACAAAGCUGAGGUCAAGAGGAGAUUUAGCAAUGAAUCGUGAGGAUGUGGAUUGUUGUGAAUCUUCAGUGUAUGUGACUGAUGAUGGGAGUCUGGAUUCAGUGUGGAUGAGCAGAGAUCAGAGCCGCACACCACAGACACUGCUGGACUCUAAACUCUCUGAAGAGAAAUCCAGACACACACAAGACUCCGAUCUCAGUCUGACUUUACUCUGUGGAGGUUUGAUCCUCCUGUAAUCUCUGUUUACUGUCACACACUGUAGUGUCUUGAGUGUCUGUGGGCUUUGACUCAUUAUAACAUAGUCUCUGGAUUCUGUCUGUAACGCUGGAGAACAGCAGCAGAUCCUG